AUGGAAAUGACUACGUUGACUAGUUUACCAUAUUUCCAUGGAACUAUUGAUACACGAGAGUGUCGAGAAAUGCUUCCGGACCUUGGAGACUUUCUAAUCCGAAAUCCCACAAACGAAAUGGUCAAAUCCGGUGGCACAAGAACUUUCGCAUGUAUUCUGACAACAGCCGUCACGCCGGAUCAAGCAUCAGAAAAUUCCAAAAUGCUACCAAAGGAUUAUUCGUUGAGACUCGAAUGCACAACUCGUCUAAAAUCCUACGGUAUCAUAUUGGAAAAUGGUGUCUACUCGUUGCUAGGAACCCCAGAAACUUAUCAGUCAGUUGAGGAACUUUGCAAUGCGUACACCUCAUCCCGUAAAGCCUUCCCUCAAGGUGGAAUGGCUUUGAGACCAGUGGCCCGUCGACCGUGGCAACUUCUUUUAUCGGACAUUGAGUUUCCAGUGCCAGAAGUCGUGUUGGGAAGUGGAGAAUUUGGAAAAGUUAUUAGAGGAAAACUAUUGAGACAUGGAGUUCCGCCGAUUGAUGUGGCACUCAAGCGCGCUACAGCUGAGAAUCAUGCCGAGAUUAUCUCGGAAAUGUUCACAGAAGCACGUGCAAUGCGUGCUCUCAUGCACCCCAACAUCAUCCGCUUUGAAGGCGUCGUCGUUGAGAAGCUCCCUCUCUACCUGGUCAUUGAAUUCUUGGAGGGGAGCAGUCUUCUAGAUGCACUUCGCAAGAAAAAAGUCAACAAUGUUUAUCGUUUCCCAAUUUGUAUGGCAGUGCUCUAUGCAGUGCUCUGGAUGCACAUGCACAACUAUAUCCAUAGGGACAUUGCCGCGCGGAAUGUAAUGAUUUCUCACGAUUGCCGAACUGUUAAACUGAUUGAUUUUGGAUUGGCCAAACAUGGACUACAGUUUACACUGGAUGUAGCCACCAAGAUCCCACUCAAACGGCUUGCUCCAGAAGUCCAAAAGACCAAAAUCUUCUCUGCAAAAUCUGAUACAUGGGCGCUGGCAAUUUGCUUUUGGGAGAUUUAUCACGAUGGAGCCCCAAUUUACUCAAAUGUGGUUCCAUCUCUAGAUUCUAAACCACCGGCUGUUCCAUCUCCAACACCAUCAGCUACUCCAACGACACCGGAUACCAGUAAGAACAGCAAUGUCAAGGGGAAACAAGCCACUCAGACUCGAAAACGUGCCAAGAAGGGGAGUGCACCUGCUCCGAAGCCUGUGGUGGAAGCACCAAAACCACUACCGAAAGAUAGAGGAGAACCGCCCGAGUUGGUGAUCACUCAAAAUGUGGAAUUUUUGCCCGAAAAAUUUGAGCCGCGCUUCAAAAUGAUGACUGAAAAGAAGGCGAGAAAGAGGAUUGAGUUGGCUGAAAUUGCGAAUGUCGUCGAGAAGGAGAUCCUGCCGACACUUCCGGAAAUGGUUCGGAACGAGUUGAAGUAUCACGUGGAUAGACGCCCACCGUUCGACCCCAACUUCAAAGUCCAAUUCGACAACAACAACUCGGUGGUGACCCAGCCAACCGCCGCCGGUACACUUCCGGCCAAUCCCCUAACACCACAGGCGGCUCCGGCGGCCGUGACGCCUACAUUCACCCCAUCUGGCACGACUCCAGCCAAAUUGAAGACUGUCACUCGUAGACGAUCGAAGUCGACGGCGAAAAACAGCAAAAGCGACUUGGCUCAAUCGAGUACAAGUGCUCCUGAGAAGAAAACGGUUCCGGAGAAGCAGAAGACGGGCAGAAGACGUGGAAAAUAG